AGGUCAGAUGGUGUUCUGAAGGAGCCAUGGGUAGCUACUGCAGCUGUCCUGACAACCACUCCAUCCCUGAUAACCAUCAAAGCAAAUUCAAGGUGGGUCCCUUCUCUUUUUCCUCCUAUAGCUCAACAUGUUUCCUCUCUGUCCCUCCCUCUCUCCUCUCCUCUCCUCUCCUCUCCUCUCCUCUCCUCUCCUCUCCUCUCCUCUCCUCUCCUCUCCUCUCCUCUCCUCUCCUCUCCUCUCCUCUCCUCUCUGUCCCCCUCUCCUCUCCUCUCCUCUCCUCUCCUCUCCUCUCCUCUCCUCUCCUCUCCUCUCCUCUCCUCUCCUCUCCUCCUCCUCUCCUCUCCUCUCCUCUCCUCUCCUCUCCUCUCCUCUCCUCUCCCUCUCCCUCUCCCUCUCCCUCUCCCUCUCCUCUCCUCUCCUCUCCUCUCCUCUCCUCUCCUCUCCUCUCCCUCCUCCUCCUCUCCUCUCCUCUCCUCUCCUCUCCUCUCCUCUCCUCUCCUCUCCUCUCCUCUCCUCUCCUCUCCUCUCCUCUCCUCUCCCUCCCUCCUCCUCCCUGUGGUAAAGGAUAAUAUCUACCUAAGGGUAUACAGUAGUAGUGUUCUACCCAGGGGUUCCACAACGAUAGAUAGACUGUGUCUGCAGUACAGUAUGUGUACAGUAGGUGGUGCUAUUGCUACGUUACUCAGACCAGACACAGCUUGGCUUUAAUGGCCAGCUAGGUUGGGUCAUGUGAUACCAGCAAUAUAGCAACAGAUGACUGGUCUGGUUGUUUCUGACAUGCCAAAUCAUUAACCACUCAGCCUGACUUUGGCCCCUCCGACUGGAGCAUAGAGCUGCUUCUGUCUGCUAUAGUGAUACUGUAGAUAACACUGUCCUGUAAAGGGCUGUGGGGAGUGGUCCCCCGUUCACUCAGACAAUAUAGAGGGCAAACUGUUCAUUAUCAAAUCAAUCUAAUCAAAUGUUAUUUGUCACAUGCGCCGAAUACAACAGGUACAACACCUUACUGUGAAAUGCUUACUUACAAGCCCUUAACCAACAAUGCAUUUCAAGAAAUAGAGUUAAGAAAAUAUUUACUAAAUAAACUAAAGUUUAAAAAAAUAAAUAAAAAAAUAACACAAGGAAAUUUGGAGCUAGACUUGGCGCUCCGGUACCGCUUGCCAUGCGGUAGCAGAGAGAACAGUCUAUGACUUGGGUGGCUGGAGUCUUUGACAAUUAUAGAAGCUACAGUAGUAAUUAUGUUAAUCCAUUGAGUUAGGUAAUUACGUAACCCUGUUACUAAAACAUUUACUAGAGACCACAUGGAUGGAUAAUUUAGUGGCUUUCCACAUCCAUCCCAAAUUGAGACCCAGAUUUUCUCAUUGCUUAUCACAGACUUGUUUCACUGAUGGUUUUCUCAUCUGCUUUCUCUCUCUCUCUCUCUCUCUCUCUCUCUCUCUCUCUCUCUCUCUCUCUCUCUCUCUCUCUCCUCCCUCCCCCCUCCCUCUCUCUCUCUCUCUCUCUCUCCUCCCUCCCUCUCCCCCUCCCUCUCUCCUCCCUCCCCCUCCCUCUCCCUCUCCCCCUCCCUCUCUCUCUCUCUCUUCCCCUCUCUCUCUCUCUCUCUCUCUCUCGCUCCUCCCUCCCUCCCUCUCCCCUCCCCCUCUCCUCUCCUUCCCCCUCCCAUCUCUCUCUGUCUCUUCUCCCUCUCCCGCUCUCUCCUCCCGUCCCUCCCCCCCGGCCAUCUCUCUUCUCUCUCCCAUCAUCUCCCCCUCCCUCUCCCCUCCCCCUCGCUCCUCUCUCAUCUCUUCGCUCCCUCCCGUCUCUCUCCCUACCCUCUCUCCUCCCUCCUCUCCCUCCCUCUCCUCCCUCCCCCUCUCUCUCUCUCCCUCACCGUCUCCCCCCUCUCGUCCUCCCCUCUCCCCUCUCUCCCCGCUCGCCUCUCUCUCUCCCUCCCCCCCCUCCCUCGUCCCCCUUCUCUCUCUCCCUCUCCCCCACUACUCUCUCUCCAUCUCCCCUCUCUCCCCCUCCCUCUCCGCUCCUCCCCUCCCCCCCUCUCCCUUCUCCCCUCUCCCCUCCCUCCCCCUCUCCCCCCUCCCUCUCCCCCUCUCCCCUCCCUCUCUCUCUCUCCAGGUGAUAAAUGUAGAUGAUGAUGGUAAUGACUUAGGCUCAGGCUUGAUGGAGCUGACAGAGGAGGAGCUUAUCCUCCACACCAGGAAACGUGACACUGUCAAGUGGCCUUACCUCUGUCUGCGUCGCUAC